AUGGAUAACAAUAACAUUGACCACCACAAUAUCAAUUCAAAUGAUAAAAACAAUAAUAAUGAAAAAAAUGAAACAAUUGAACAAAAUGAUGAAAUUCUUUUAAAUAAUUUUAAUGAUAUCAAUAUUGAAAAUAAUGAUAAUAAAUCAAAUACAAAUAUCAAUAAUUAUGAAAAUAAUAAUAAUAAUAAUAAUAAUAAUAACAAUAACAAUAACAACAAUAAUAUUAAUAAUAAUGAUAGUGAUAAAAACCAUAUUGAAAAUAACAACAAUAAUGAUGAAGAGGGUAGUAAUUUAUCUUUACCAAAAUCAAUUUCUGGAAAAAUCUUUGUUGGGGGUUUAUUAAAAACUUCAUCAAAUGAAAUAUUAAAAGAUUAUUUUUCAAAUUUUGGUGAAGUAAAAGAGUCAAUCGUCAUAAAGGCAACAGAAAAAGCAAGUAAAAGUAGAGGAUUUGGAUUUGUAACCUUUGUUGACCCAUCAGUGAUAGAUGAAGUUAUAUUAAUUAAUCAUAGUAUUGAAGGUAAAAAUGUAGAGAUUCGAAGAGCAAUUCCAAAAGAAGAAAUGACUGAAGAACCAAAAAAACAAAAAUUAUUUGUUGGUGGUUUACCAAAGCAUAUAACAUCUGAUGAUUUCAAUAAUUAUUUUUCAGAGUUUGGUGAAAUUUCUGAAUAUAAUUUAUUAACAGAGAAAAAUGGUACAAUAAAAGGAUUUGGUUUUAUAUGUUUUAAAGAUGAGAGUGUAAAUGAAAUAAUUCUUAAUGAACAACAACAUAUAAUUUUAGGAAAAAGAGUUGAUAUUAGAAUUGCAGAUAGUCAAAAUAAGAGAUUGCAACAACAACAACAACAACAGCAACAACAACAUCCACAUCAACAACAAAAUCAACAUCAACAACCUCAGCAUAUUGUCCAACAUCAUAUGCAUUCUCCACCUCAAAUUCUUUCUCAAUAUCCUCCAAAAUCGGUAAUUAUAGUCCAACCACAUCACCAUCAGUUAUCUCCAUCCCAUUUAAAUAAUGGAAACCAAGCCAGUUCAAACUCAAUCCCACCAUCAAAUUCACCUGGAUCACCAGUUAAUGAAAUGAAUUAUAAUAACUGCAACAACAACAACAGCAAUGGCAAUCGUACAACUGGUACUAUAAUAUCAUCAUCUGCAGGAGGUGAAAGUAUUCCACAUCCUCCAAUCUUUCAAGAUGGAUAUGAAAUCUAUCAACAUCCAAUGCCUUAUAGUGAGUCACCAUAUGGAACUAUUCAACAUCAAAACUCAACCUAUUACCCACAUAAUUAUAUGAUGGUACCAGUAUUAUAUCCAUAUCCACCUUAUCAACAACAUGAUCAUCAUUCUACAAACCAUCAUAUUCAAACUCAACAUCAAGGUUCAAUUCCAAAUCCUUCAACACAUCAAACCAAUGCACAUCAACAAUCGACUUCAUCUUCAACAACUUCAUCCUCCAAGUAUUAUCAAUCGAGUAAGUAUUAUAAUAAUAAUAAUACUAAUAUUAAUAAUAAUAAUAAUAAUAAUAAUAAUAAUAAUAAUAAUAAUAAUAAUAAUAAAAUCAAUGAUUUUCAAAUCUCCUCUUCUAUCCCUCCAACAUAUUCAAAUUCUAUACAUAAUAAUAAUAACAUUCAAACAUCCUCCUCCUCUUAUUAUUAUCCAAUAAUCACAAAUAAUUCAGUUUACCCACAAUUAGGUUAUUCAAACUAUGGAAGACAAUCUUAUUAUCCUCAACAACAUCAACAACAUCACCAACAAAAUCAUCAACAACAUCAACAGCAAAGAGCAAUUUAUGUUACUUAUCCUCAAUAUGAUUUUAAUCAUCAAUCAUAUAAUACAAAUAGAAUUCCAAAACAUCAACAAAAUAAUAAUAUUAAUAAUAAUAAUAAUAAUAACAAUAAUAAUAUUAAUAAUAAUAAUAAUAAUAAUAAUAAUAAUAACAAUGGAAGUUCAACAGAAAAAUCCAAUGAACAAGUAACUUCUCAAAACUCUAUUUCUCCUUCAUCAUCCUAUUCAUCACCAUCAAGAAGAUUUAAUUCAAAAAAGGAACAAGAAUUACAAGGUCCAAAUGAAUAA